AUCUCUCUUAUGUAUAAGCAGCACGAGCUUCUGAAGGUUUAGAGCCAUUGCCCACCGAAUAGCGACCCCAAAGUUUCGAUCUCAAUCAUGUCCACCAAUGGCGUGCACAUCGCCGCUUAUCCGUACCCAACCUCAGGCCAUAUUAUACCUUUGCUCGACCUCGCCCACCGCCUGCUCACCCGCGGCCUCACUGUCACCGUUUUUGUCACCACCUCUAACCUUCCUCUGCUUCAACCUUACAUCUCCACACACCCGUCUUCUCUUAAACACUUAGUUCUCCCAUCCCCUGAUAUUACAGCUCCUCCGCAAAAGAGGCUCCUUGCUACCAUGCGCGCCUUACGUGACCUUCACUAUCCUAUCCUCCUCCAAUGGUUCCGAUCUCAUUCCUCACCUCCUGUGGCUGUUAUAUCCGAUUUCUUUCUCGGCUGGACAAACGACCUAGCGUGCGAGCUCGGCGUUCCACGGUUAGUCUUCUCACCUUCUGGUGCCUUUGGGAUGUCCGUUGCUCUCUCUCUGUGUCACGAUCCACCGGAAAACGAUGAUCAGGAUAUCAAUUUCCAAGUUUCGUUUCCGAAAAUCCCGAACUCUCCAGCAUUCCCAUGGUGGCAGAUCCCUGCACAUUAUAAAAGAAUAAAAGGGGACUCGGAUUUGGAAUUUUUUAGAAACGACAUGAUGGCCAAUACGGUGAGUUGGGGGAUGGUGUUCAACUCGUUCGUCGAGUUGGAGCGCGUUUACUUUAUGCAUAUGAAGAAAGAACUCGGAAAUGAUCGGGUGUGGGCCGUAGGACCCGUUUUGCCUCCUGAGAACGGUGAUUUAAAGGAAUACAUUGUUAGAGGUGGAGUAAGCUCUGUUCCGUGCCAUGAGCUAAUGAAUUGGUUGGAUGCUCGUCCGAACAACUCAAUUGUCUAUGUCUGCUUCGGUAGCCGUGCGGUGUUGACACAAAGGCAAAUGGAUGUGCUGACUGCUGGGUUAGAGCAAAGCGGCGUCCAGUUUGUUUUGUGCGUGAGGGUGCCUCGCGAAGACGAGAAGAAGCAGGCGAAUGCUGAUCAUGGCGUGAUUCCUAAUGGGUUCGAAGAUCGCAUGGGUGGCAGAGGAUUUGUAAUAAGGGGAUGGGCGCCGCAGGUCUCAAUACUGAGCCACCGAGCCGUGGGUGCGUUCGUGACUCACUGCGGGUGGAACUCGGUGCUGGAGGGGAUCACUGCGGGAGUUGUGAUGUUGACAUGGCCAAUGGGUGCGGACCAGUACGCGAACGCAAAGUUGUUGGUGGAUGAGUUAGGGGUUGCAAUCAGAGCUUGUGAGGGCACUCAGAACAUUCCCGAGCCAGCCGAGUUGGCUCGGUUGUUGGCCAUCUCAGUUGAAGAGACUAGGCCAGAGAGGGUUCUGGCCAAAGAACUGAGUGCUGCAGCCGCAAGUGCAGUUAAAGGAGGAAGUUCAGAUACAAAUUUGGGUGAGCUCAUCAAACAGUUGGGUGAUCUUGGAAAGUGAUCAGAGCCAAACGUGUGUUUCUUCAUAGCUAACUAUUUUGUUCUUCAAAACGAUCAAACAUGUGUUUUCUCUAUACCAAUUAUUGUUUAAGGAUGUGUCA